UCUGCUACUGGCAUUAUAUAGACGCAUGACACAGGCUCACCCUUGAUCCUCCUCCUCCCCAGCCAACCAACAAAAUAAUGGCGCCACCGCGGAACCAUCCCGGCCUGUUCCUCUGCUUCCUUUUGCUCGCGUCCACCGCCACGCUCUCCGCCGCGGUCUCCGCCGCGUCCUACUCCUCCGUUUGCACCAAGCCCGGACCCGCUGACGACCGCUACACCGACGGCAACGAAACCCUCUUACUCACCAGCUUCUUCCAAAUCUCCACCGGUUACUUCUCCUUCUCCGAGGGCGCGCACAGCUUGUUCUCCGCCGCCGCCGAUGAUGACCCCUACGGCAGCUAUCGCUCGUUUUCCCUUUUCCCCCACGGCGUCUACCGCACCAGCGACAAGGAUCUCGUGCACCUCACUGCCACUCUCACCCUCACCGCCCCCCGCGUCCACACCUACCGGGGCCGUGGACGCCGCGAGAAUUACACCGGCUCCGCGUCCGUCUCCUUCAUCCUCGACGGCUUCUACUCCUCCGCCUCACUCGAACUCUGCAUGGUCGGGAAGGGCACCGAGCACUCCGUCGACGGCUCUCCCAAGCACUACCCCGACGUCGUCCUCCGCCUCCGCGUCCCCGAUCGUCCCUCCCUCACCGAUCCCUUCGUGACCGGCAGUCUAGAGGUCUCCGACUUCGGGGCCAUCCAGCUCCUCGCUUACGCCGAGGGCGACAACUACAAGUACGCCUCCGAGGGCGCGGCCUGCAGCGCACCGACGCCGACGCAGCCUGCCAGGGACUCGUACCAGGCGCUCGGCAGCGGCUUCGCCUGGUGCGCCCAUCUGAAACAACAGCUCGUGACCGCGUACAGGCUGGAGCACGGCGGCGAACCGCUUCUGCGGCGGAUGCACGUCAACCAGAUGCAGUGCACCGCGAAGGGUGCCGUGCGCGCGUACGUGGUGUUCUCCAACGACACUGGGUCGACCGAGAGGCACCGAUUCUUCAACCACCGUCCACACCGCUUCUCGGUGGACGAGGAGGCUGUCGUGGCCGAGGGGCGCUGGGACAAGGUUCGGGGCUCGCUCUGCCUCAGGGCGUGCCCGGUGGUGCGCUCGGCCUCGGCGCCCUCUGUCCCGGCGGUGCGAGAGCAUGAGUGCGGGAUCGGGAUGAGCUUCUGGUUCCCGGCCGUGUGGACGAUGCGGGACCGGAGCGUCGUGGCCGGGAUGCUUUGGAACUCGACCCAGACUGGUAUUGGCAGCAACGACGGCGUGACAACAGCGUCGAGCAUCGACGUCGUCGACGACGGAUUCAUCGACCUCACUGACGACCACAGAAGCAGCAACCUCUCAGAUGUGAAGUACAGCUACAACGACACGAUGCUUGCCGAGGCGACGAAGCAUUACUACCUCAAAUUCAAGAAGGAGAAGAUCAAGGGGGCGCGCUCAUUCCCGGGGAACUAUACUUACCGUGACUUCGAAUUUCGUUUCUUCGCGCUGAGCAGGGGGGGCGGAAAGGCCAACCCAGUCACAAUCGGUUCGGUGAUGGUCUCCGGGGAUCGGCUGGCUGCCGACGAUUCCUUCUCCCAUGGUGUGGUACUUGACACGAAGCAAAAUCUGCUGAAUGUCAGCUACGAUAUAGGCUAUUAUGCUCCAGCUGAUGAUUGGGUGCGUCCUACGAAUGGGUCGUACUCGUUCUCAUAUAGCCCUGAGACACGGCGACGAAUCUCAGCAGAGGGUGUUUAUGAUCCUGAGAGCGGCAUACUGUGCAUGGUCGGUUGCCGAGAGCACAACGGCUCGACCGACUGUCAAACACUGGUAACCGUGAAGUUCGCCUCCCUUGAUGCCAGGGGUCAGGGGCACGGCAGGGGGGUAAUCAGCAGCCUCAGAGACAAGUCCGAUCGUCUUUUCUUCAAGAAGGUCGACAUCACUCUGUACGGGAUGUACUCAGACCAAGUGUCGGAGGCGAUAUCUAGGAUGGACUUGGAAGGCAUCAUGCUGGUGGCGUCCACGACGCUGUCGUGCGUCUUCACCGUCCUGCAGAUCCUCCGUACCAAGAAGAACCCCGAGGCGGCUCCGGCGACGUCGAUCACCAUGCUCGCCAUCCUCACGCUGGGAUACCUCACUCCUCUCGUGCUCAACUUCGACGCCCUGUUCACGAGCAGGAGGAGCCGGUACUCCGUGUACUGGAUGAGCGACUGGCGCGAGGUGAACGAGGUGGUGAUGAGGGCGCCCACGCUGGUCGCCUUCGUGCUGCAGCUGCGCCUCCUUCAGCUCGUGUGGUCCGGCCGCCGGAGGUCGGCGGACCAGAGCAAGUCCGCCACGCCGUCGCCCGUCGUGUCCGAGAGGAUCGUGCUGCAGAUAUGCCUGCCGCUGUACGUGCUCGGAGGAGCCCUGGCCGCGGCCGUCCACGUGAUCAACGUCCGCGCCGCGAGCGAGGAGCCGCUCGUGGUGCGCAUCGCCGGAGAGCCGGCCACGAUCUGGGAGGACCUCGUGUCGUACGGCGGUCUGAUACUGGACGGCUUCCUGCUCCCUCAGAUCAUCCUGAACGCGUCCUUGGCGGGCUCCGGAGUGCGAGCGAUCUCGCCGUGGUUCUACGCGGGGGUCACCAUGACCCGGGUGAUGCCUCACGUGUACGACGUGGUGAGGCGGCAGAUCUACGAGCCGAGCAUGAGCUCCUCCGACCUGUACGCUAGCCCGCGGGGCGACCUCUUCGGCGUCGCGUGGGACAUCAUCAUACCGUGCGGAGCGGGAGUGCUGGCCGUGCUGGUCUUCUUGCAGCAGCGGCUUGGAGGCAGCGCGGUUCUUCCUUCACAGAGGAGGAGAUCAGGUGGGUAUGAGAUGGUCUCCAGCAUCUAACAGAAAACGGGAUAAUGGUAAUUCAGAACGAGGGCAGCCGUGGUCGUUGAUGGGAUAACAAUGUGCUGGUUCCAAGAAAAAAGUAUUGUUUGAAAGCAAAGUAAAGGCCCCUCGUGUUUCAGUAAAGGUCCCUCGUAUUUACGGAGUUACACAAGCAGUCUUGCUAAAUAUCAGUCGAUUUAGACUUGGUUAUAUGUCGCAGUCGAUGUUAUAUUCGUAAAAUCUUACAUUAAGAUAUGUGAAAAAAUUAGUAUUUUUUCAUUUUUA